AUGGCAGCUACUGUCGUUAUUGGGACCGAAAAUACAUCUAAAGAUGUUAUCAACCAUGAUGAAGUUUCUAAUUUCAUAGAAACUCGGUAUGUUGGACCUGUUGAAGCAUGCUAUCGAAUUUUGAGUAAAAGUCUACAAGACAAAAGUCAUACUAUAGAGCGAUUACCAGUUCAUUUACAAAAUCAACAGUGUGUUAUCAUUUCUACUGAUGCAAACAAUUCUUUGAAUAUUGAAAAUGAAAAUGCACGGCAAUAUCUGUACAGUGAUAUUCCAAGGUUUUUUACGUAUAAAAAAGAAAAAACAAAUGGCAUCAAAGUAACCAAAUGGGUAGCACGUAAAUCGCAUUUCAACUGUUUUGGAAGGAUGUUUUCGAUCAGUCCUACACGAAUCGAGUUAUUCCACUUGCGAUUACUACUAUUGCAUGCACGAGGAGCUACAAGCUUCGAUUCAUUAAAAACAGUUAACGGCAUAUUACAACCUUCAUUCAUAGCAGCAUGUCUUGAAUUGGGAUUAAUAGAAGAUGACCAAGAGUGGGCUAAAGCUCUACAAGAAGCAACAUUAUGGAUGAUGCCACGAAGACUUAGACAAUUAUUUGUUCGCAUUUUAAUACAUUGUCAACCAAUUCAUCCAGAAAAAUUAUGGGAUGAUUUUAAAGAUGCAUUAUCCGAAGAUUUUUCAAGGACAAACAAUACUGAUAUAAGUCAUCAAAUGGCAUACGCUGACAUAAGUAAUAUGUUAAAUCAUGAAGGUAAAAGUUUGUCUGAUUUUCCUGCUAUGAAUCAAACAGUAAUUACUCAUUUAUUAGUUGAAAGUAGCGAUCAGUUAUCACAAACACAUUUGGCAGAUAUCGGAGAACAACAAUAUAAUUUAUUGAAUGAACAACAAAAAGAAAUUGUUGAUGUUAUUUUGGAUUUAGCAACUGCUACUAAUGAUAAGGUGAAUAAUAAUAAUUGUUUAUAUAUUGAUGGCCCAGGAGGCUCGGGGAAAACUUUUAUCUAUACAACUAUUUAUAAUUUAUUAUGUUCAAAAAAUAUUAAAGUUACUUCAAUGGCUUUUACAGGGAUUGCUGCAAUUUUGCUUCCAAAAGGAAAAACAGUGCAUAAAACAUUUGGCCUUCCAGUUCCUAUGUAUAGCGAUUCAUCUUCAAGCAUUACGGCGCAAUCUAAAGAAGGUCUUUUGUUAAAAGAAACAAGAGUUUUCAUUUGGGAUGAAGCUCCAAUGGCUCCAAGAUAUGCACUGGAAAUAGUUAACAGAACGCUUAAAGAUGUUAUGAACAAUGAUUUACCUUUCGGUGGUAAAGUUAUGGUUUUAGGUGGUGAUUUUCGACAGCUUUUACCAAUUAGACUUCAUGGAACAAGAAGUGAAACAUUGAAUCUUUCAAUAAAAUACAGUGAAUUAUGGAGGCACUUCAUCAAAUAUAAUCUUACAACGAAUAUGAGAGUUUUACCUCACGAAGUUGAUUUUGUAAAAUUUUUAAUAUUAGUUGGCGAUGGAACAUUAAAUGACCAACACGAUAAUUUGACGUUGCCUGAUCAUUGCAUUCUCGAUAUCAAUAAUGAUGUUGUUCAGACUGUAUUUGGUAAACUAAUCUUAGAAAAGAAAUUUGAUAACAUGAGUAAAUGUGCUAUUCUAGCUGCAAGAAAUGCUGAUGUCGAUGAGAUAAAUAAAUUAACUACUAAUUUGCUAGAUAUCAGCACGGAACACAUUUACACAGCAAUCGACAGUACUGAUGGAUGUGAUAAUGGAGAAUUUGAUGAAGUACUUUUACCUGAAUAUUUAAAUUCCUUAAACCCUUCCAGUUUACCUCCAUAUGAAUUACGAUUAAGAAAAAAUUGUAUCGUUAUGCUUAUUAGAAAUAUUAGUAUUCAUGAAGGUUUAUGUAAUGGUACACGUUUACGGAUAUUAGAUUUUUCACAUCAUUUGUUGAAAUGUCAAGUUUUAACAGGAGAUAAAUCUAAUGAUAUAAUAUUUUUAAAUCGCAUCUCAUUGUUUUGUACUAACGAGUAUCCAUUUUCUUUUAAAAGACGUCAAUUUCCUGUUAAAUUAGCAUUUGCAAUGACGAUUAAUAAAGCUCAAGGGCAAACAUUUGAUAAUAUUGCAAUUGAUUUACGUAGAGACGUUUUCAAUCAUGGACAAUUGUCUGAUAACGAUGACGACCACGUAGAUGGUCUGUCAGGUCGACGAUCGCGACGACGACAACCACAACAACAACAUCAACAACAACAACAACACCAUGCCAGUGUUAUGUCACGACUACGUAGCCGUGACGUGUAG